UGUACAAUGUUGUUUACAUCGUAUAGAAGUUGUAAUCAAAAUAUUGGUUAAUAUUACCAGCGCAAAUUAUGUAUAAAUAUAAUAAUUGUGAUUCAAAAUGAGUAAACGAAAGGCACCCAGUGAUGAUAACUGCAAUUCCGAUUUAUGCGACUUGUUAACAGAACUCGCUAACUACGAACGUAACAUCACCAAAAAUAUUUAUAAAGCCAAUGCUUAUCGAAAAGCUGCAAGUACUUUGGGGCAUUUGUCUCACAGAGUCAAAUCUGGGGAUGAAGCUAAGGAAUUACCAGGGAUUGGUGAAAAAAUUGCUAAGAAAAUUGAUGAAUUUUUGACAACUGGAAAACUGCAGAAAUUGGAAAAUAUCAACAAGGAUGAAAAUAAUAUCGCCAUAAAUUUAUUGACUAGAGUAUCAGGAAUUGGUCCUGCCAAAGCGAAAGAGUUGGUUGAUUCAGGAAUAAAAACUCUGGAGGAACUUUACCUCCACGAAAACCUUCUAACUCACCACCAAAAAUUGGGAUUGAAAUACUUUGCGGACUUUGAGAAAAAAAUUCCGAGGGUUGAGAUGGAGGAAUUGGAACAAAUCAUUCGAGAAACGAUUCUCAAAUAUGACGACAAAUAUAUCAUCAGUUUAUGCGGAAGUUAUCGACGAGCAAAAUCAGAGAGUGGAGAUAUAGAUGUUUUGAUAACGCAUCCAAGCUUCACAUCAAGUGAUAAAGAGUUGAAGAAAGAUACAAAACUCCUGAAUAACGUUGUAGAUCGGUUGAGAGAAAUCGGAUUUAUAAAAGAUACCAUUUCACUGGGGCCAAUGAAAUUCAUGGGAGUUUGUAGACACCCAAAAGACGAAUCCAGACCUUUUCGGCGUUUGGACAUAAGACUUUGUCCUUGUGAUCAAUAUUACUGUGCAGUUCUUUACUUCACCGGAAGUGAUCUGUUCAAUCAAAACAUGAGGGCAUAUGCUUUGGAGAAGAAAUUCACGUUGAAUGAAUAUUCACUGAGACGUCUAACAAGCGAAGGGGUGUCUGGUGAGCCAGAGCCAGUUGACAGUGAGGAGGCCAUAUUCAGGAUUCUAGGACUUGAUUACAAGAAACCAGAAGAACGUGAUUUAUAAAAAAUAAAAAAUACUAUAUUUUAUAAAAAUGAAUGCUUACUUUUUACGUGCUUUCAUUCGAUUGGUGUGAUAGGGGUGACGUCAUUACCCCCUUCCUGUGAAAAAAUUUGAUUUGUUGUAAAUUAAAUGUUACGAUAAAACUGUGGAAUUUCUCACUUCUUGAGCUUCUUGAAGUCUAAAUAAUCCAUUUCAAUAAUUUAUUUAUGACAAAAGUGUAGGAAAUGUCUCGGCGUAAAAACAAAGACCAUACGAUAUUUAUCGGAA